CACCUCAAACCCCAUCGGCGGUUCCUCCACCAUAGAUCCUUCAAGCCAUGCGGUGGUUGCCGGCUGAUAUCUCCUCCCCGGCAGACGACAUGGUUGGCAAUCUUCGAAGCGGUGCCCUAGGCAGGAGUGGGACACCAAAGCCUGAACGCAAACGACGAGGUACUCAAGACAAAUCAUCAGUGGACUAUGAAAAUGUUAGGAAAAAAGUGAUGGAGGAGAAUCUCUCUCGUACGACUGAGGCAUUGAAGGAGCAAGCUGUUGAAAGUGGCAGGCCAUUGCAGGAUUUCACGGCGUUGGUGCGUUCGGUUGUGUAUGGUGCUGCACAACCGGGGAUAAAGCCAAGUAGAAAAGAUGCACAACAGCAGAAGAAAGGGAACAUGGAGGACCCUAUUUAUGAACCUGAUCAUGCAGAGGAGCACACUGAUGAUGAUGAGUUUACUCUAGAUGAGGUCGAACACAAUGUUGAUAUAUCUUCAUCCAUGGUACUGGAACCUUCUUCAAAGGUUCAGCAGAAGAAGCGCACUAAAACCGUUUUACCUCCCUCAACAACAAGAUCAAAACCAAAUCCAGAAACUGAAAAUGCUGGAACAGUGAUCAUUACAAACACAGCAGGGGAAGGGGCUACUGAUGGAACAGAAACCUCACCUACGCAAAUUCAAACUUCUAGAGACAACAACUCACCUGAGGACAAUGCAGUUGUCCACAACGAACUGGAAGCUACAAAGCGGGGUGGACACAGACCUACUUUGGGGCACGGACUACAUGCCUGGUCUAGAAGAAAUGGAGGCGCUAAGAUGCAGAUUGUCUUCACUGCGGGCAUGAGGAGACCCAAACAAUUUGAGCAAGCAUCAAAACUUAGUUCUGAGUGUGGUAUUCACAUCCGCAACAAAAUGCCUCUCGCAACACACGGGAAGCAGUACCGUGACGAACAUGGUCCUCUGAAACAUGUUAUUCCUCAAGCUAUUAAAACUGUAGCAGGAAAAUUUGAAAUGGACAGAAGUAAUGAGGUCGCCAAAGGAGUUGACAUUCUUCGGAACGGUAUUCGCCAGCAUCGUUAUAGGCUUAAAAGGAGGUAUUGGGAAAAGGUUAAAUAUCUAACCCUGAGCAAGCCUUAUUGUUGAAGCCUCAUAACGUUGAAGAGGAAAGUUGGCGAAACCUACUGACUACAUGGUCAAAUGAGCACUAUCAGGAAAUUUGCAGGAAGAACAACGUUAAUCGGCAAUGUGUGACACAGCAACAUACCACUGGCUCUAGAAGCCAUGUUGCACACUACAAAUAUGUUAAAUCUCUGAACAGCGAGCAGGAGCAAUUAAAUGCAAUUGAUUUUUAUAAAGCAAGCCACACUAAAAAGGAUGGUUCGAUGUCCGAGAAAGCAGAAGAAGCUUACACACAGAUGGUGCUUAGAAAAAUGGGACCACACCCAGAAGAUUGGCCUGGCAAAACUGAUCUGCAGAUUAUCGACGAAGUCCUGAAGCAACAAAGCUCAUCUGGGAGUACGUUCCUCGCAAGCAUGAGAGUUUCAUCCGUGAACAAGACGUCUGCCGUCUCAGCAGCUCACAUCAGGGAGUUAGAAGCAAAGCUUUCAGGUCAGGAGAAAGAAUCAGUACAUGCAGCUGAAAAGAUUCAACGCGAGAUGGACGAAAGGUUGCAAGACGAAGAACGUAGAAUUGAAGAGAUGAGAAAGAAGCAUGAAGAAGAACUUGAAGCUGUAAAGAAGGCCAGCGAAGAGAGUCGUUUGGCAUUUGAAAAUAGGCAAAAAGAAAUGGAUGGCAUGCUCAGUUACCUCUUGCGGAUGUCGCAAUCUUCCCAGCCCCAGCCGUGAACACCAUA